CACGUUGAAAAAGUGACGUCAUCACGUCGUACUGAAUGAGGCGUCAUCCUUUUCGAUGUAGAGCGGCACGGCGGCCUUUCUUUGCUGCUCUACAUUUCUUCCUCUCUUAACCCAGUAACUACAGCAUUUCAGCUCCUAUCUUAUUUUAACCAUGACCCAAACCUCCCCGCUUUUCACCGCCUACCUGCUGCUCCUGGCUGCUCUGGGUCCGCAGGUUUCAGCGGACGGUUUGGUAAACGAGGAUGUGAAGAGGACAGUGGACCUGAGCACGCAUCUGGCCAAGAUCACUGCCGAAAUCGUGCUGUCCAACCAGGGGAACUCGGCCGUGCACAGUUUCAUACUCGCAGUGGAGGAGGGCCUGGCUCCGCAUCUGGCAUACAUCGGAGCUUCGGUGAAGGGUGAUGAAGAGGAGGAUGGCACACUUGAACUACAGCAGACAACAAUUCAGGGUCAAAGUGGGGAGUUUUAUAAAGUGCAGCUGCCCUCCAGCUUGGCUGCAGGUGCUCAGCUGAAGACCAAGGUGGAGAUGACGUUUAGCCACGUCCUGAAGCCCUUCCCCACACACAUCACCCAGGCUGAGCGUCAGCUGGUGAUUUUCCAGGGGGACCACUACUUCUACUCCCCGUAUCCAACCCGCACCCAGACCACACGUGUCCGCCUUGCGUCCAAGACCGCGGAGAGCUACACAAAGCUGGGCAACCCAAGCAAAACCGAUGAGAUUAUUGAGUAUGGACCCUUCCGCGACAUUGCUCCGUUUAGCAAGGACGCAAUGAAGAUCCAUUAUGAAAACAACACACCCUUCCUCACCAUCAGCAGCAUCACUCGUACCAUUGAGGUGUCUCACUGGGGCAACAUUGCAGUGGAAGAAACCAUCGACCUGAGGCACACCGGAGCCAUUCUGAAGGGCCCCUUUUCACGUUAUGAUUACCAGCGUCAGUCAGACAGCGGCAUCUCAUCUAUCAAGUCCUUCAAGACUAUCCUCCCUGCCUCGGCCCAAGACGUUUACUAUCGGGAUGAGAUUGGAAACAUCUCCACCUCCCACUUGCAGGUUCUGGAUGACUCAGUGGAGGUAGAGGUCAGGCCUCGUUUUCCUUUGUUUGGAGGCUGGAAGACUCACUACAUAAUUGGCUACAAUCUGCCUAGUUAUGAGUAUCUUUACAUGCUGGGUGAUCAGUAUGCAUUGAAGAUGAGACUUGUUGACCAUGUGUAUGAUGACCAGGUGAUUGAUGAAAUGACUGUGAAAAUCAUCCUGCCAGAGGGAGCCAGAAACAUUCAUGUGGAUACACCUUACAAAAUCAGCCGCAUGCCGAACCAGCUGCACUAUACAUACCUGGACACUUUUGGGCGGCCAGUGCUGGUGGCCACCAAGAACAACCUGGUGGAGCAGCACAUUCAGGAUUUCGUGGUUCACUAUAACUUCAAUAAGAUCCUGAUGCUGCAGGAGCCUCUCUUGGUUGUAGGUGCCUUCUACAUACUCUUCUUCACCGUCAUCAUCUAUGUACGUCUGGACUUCGCCAUCACAAAGGAUCCAGCUGCUGAGGUUCGCAUGAAGGUCGCAUCCAUCACAGAGCAGGUGCUCACUCUGGUCAACAAACGUCUGGGCCUGUACCGCCACAUGGACGAGGUGGUCAACCGCUACAAGCAGUCCCGCGACACGGGGGCGCUCAACAGCGGCCGGAAGACUCUGGAGGCCGACCACCGCACUCUCACCAAUGAAAUCAGCUCGCUGCAGGCCCGCCUCAAGGCAGAGGGCUCUGACCUGGCCGACAAGGUCGGAGAGGUGCAGAAGCUGGACGGCCAGGUGAAGGACCUGGUGUGCCGCUCCUGCCAGGAAGCGGAGAGGCUGGUGGCGGGGAAAGUCAAGAAGGAGGCCUACAUCGAGAGCGAGAAGAAUCUGACCAGCAAGAGGCAAGAGCUCGUCGGCCGCAUCGACAGUCUGCUGGAUGCCCUUUAAACUGCGACACGCUGACAGGCACCCUUGCCGCAACAUAAACCAACUGUUUGUAUGAGAAUCUGAUGAAGUGACUCAUGCUCACACUUUUCUUGUUUUAGUAUUUUACCAUCCAGACAUGGACUAUGAACACCGGCUCUUACGGUAGUGACGGGUUUAUCCAAACACUCGUGCCUUGCGAUAAACUUGAAGUCACUAAGCUCUAGAGCAGCUUCAUCACAACUGUUUGGCUUUUUUGUUUGUUUUUCUUCUUGUUGGUUUUUCAGUGGAGCUAAAACUUUGUGACAGAUUUGUUCUUCCGUUCCAUGUUCAAAUCUCUUUUUUUUUCCACUCUGAAGUUAAGGGUUAAGGGACUGUUUUUGAAACGAAUAGCUGAACGGCCCGAGUGUUUUCAGUCUCCUGUCUUUACUCGUAUGCUGUACUUUAAAACUGAAUCAUCUCUAACUUUUAAGUUCGAAGAUGACUUGCUUUUUUUUUUUUUUGCCAUCUGUUUAUCUUUUUUGCACUUGCAUUUUGUUUUUACUCUCCCCUGCCCGACGUGUGUAUUUGAAAAAAUCCAAAGCUCUGAUUCUGUCAUCCCAAAAUGCUUGUUUUAGAUGUCCCUCAGUCUUAUGUUCUACAUUUUUCUUGGUAUAAAUGUUUUUUUGACUGUGAGAUUAAACAAUAAAAGAGAUUAUCUUGUAUGUGAGAAAAGACAUUGAAGCUGGAAAACACGUUUGUGAAAUGGGCAGUAAUGUGGAAAACUGUCAAAUUUGAAAUAAAGUUUUGAGAGACUCA